GACUGCCCAUCUAAAAAAAUUUCCAAGAUGGCGGAACCCGUCACGGGCUGAGUCCGUCGGUGGCGCGCUCCGCGCCUGGGGUGCCAUCGCCGCGCAGCGUCCCCGCCUCACCCGCCGCCCAGGUUCCUAUUUUAAAAGCUAUUGGAAGACACUCUGCCACCCUCUUGGAUUACUUCCCAUACGACUCAGCAUGUCACUGUGCCCUGGAUUUUACAAGGUGGCCAUGAUUUAAUCCCCACUUCCCACUCCUAUGUAUUGGUGAAGCACUGGAGCUCUUUUGAGCUGCUGUUACUCCCGUGGCAGCUGAUCUGUCUGCAAUCCCUUCUCCCAAGGACUAGACAUUGCCAGCAAUGAGCUCCCAAAGCCAUCCAGAUGGGCUUUCUGGCAGAGACCAGCCAGUGGAGCUGUUGAAUCCACCUCGAGUGAACCACAUGCCCAGCUCUGUUGACGUGAGCACAGCCCUGCCCUUGCAAGUGGCGCCCAGCUCGGUGCCCAUGGACCUGCGGCUGGACCACCAGUUCUCCAUGCCGGUGACGGAGCCCACGCUGCGGGAGCAGCAGCUGCAGCAGGAGCUGCUGGCCCUCAAGCAGAAGCAGCAGAUCCAGAGGCAGAUCCUGAUCGCGGAGUUCCAGCGGCAGCACGAGCAGCUCUCCCGGCAGCACGAGGCGCAGCUGCACGAGCACAUCAAGCAGCAGCAGGAGAUGCUGGCCAUGAAGCAUCAGCAGGAGCUGCUGGAGCACCAGAGGAAGUUGGAGCAGCACCGGCAGGAGCAGGAGCUGGAGAAGCAGCACCGAGAGCAGAAACUGCAGCAGCUGAAAAACAAAGAGAAGGGGAAAGAGAGUGCAGUGGCAAGCACAGAAGUGAAGAUGAAGUUGCAGGAAUUUGUGUUGAACAAGAAGAAGGCUCUGGCCCACCGGAAUCUCAACCACUGCAUAUCCAGCGACCCUCGCUUCUGGUACGGGAAGACCCAGCACAGCUCUCUGGACCAGAGCUCCCCACCCCAAAGCGGCGUCUCCGGCACCUACAACCACCCAGUCCUGGGCAUGUACGAUUCCAAAGACGACUUCCCACUCAGAAAAACAGCCUCUGAGCCCAACCUGAAGCUGCGCUCCAGGCUAAAGCAGAAGGUGGCAGAGAGGAGGAGCAGCCCCCUCCUGCGCAGGAAGGACGGGCCCGUGGUGACGGCGCUCAAGAAGCGCCCGCUGGACGUCACAGGUACGGCGGACUCUGCAUGCAACAGCGCUCCUGGAUCCGGUCCCAGCUCUCCGAACAACAGCUCCAACAACAUCAGCACUGAGAAUGGAAUUGCAGGAUCAGUCACCAGUAUCCAGGCAGAGACCAGCCUGGCUCACAGGCUCGUCAACCGCGAGGGCUCCGUGACGCAGCUCCCGCUCUACACCUCGCCCUCCCUGCCCAACAUCACCCUGGGACUGCCUGCCACCGGCCCCUCCAGCGCGGGCCAAGCGCAGCAGGACGCAGAGAGGCUCGCAAUCCCAGCCUUACAGCAGCGGAUCUCCUUAUUCCCUGGCACUCACCUCACUCCCUACCUGAGCACUACAACGUUGGAGAGGGAUGGGGGAACUGCACACAACCCUCUCCUGCAGCACAUGGUCCUACUGGAACAGCCAACUGCACAAACGCCCCUGGUCACAGACUGGUAUCUUUCAGGACUGCCCCUGCACGCACAGCCCCUGGUGGGUGGAGACAGGGUCUCCCCUUCGAUCCACAAGCUGCGGCAGCACCGCCCGCUGGGGCGCACCCAGUCUGCUCCCCUGCCCCAGAACGCCCAGGCCCUCCAGCAGCUGGUCAUCCAGCAGCAGCACCAGCAGUUCCUGGAGAAACACAAACAGCAGUUCCAGCAGCAGCAGCUGCACAUCAGCAAGAUCAUCUCCAAGCCCGCCGAGCCGGCGCGGCAGCACGAGAGCCACCCCGAGGAGACGGAGGAGGAGCUGCGCGAGCACCAGGCGCUGCUGGAGGAGCCCUACGGCGAGCGGGCCGCGGGCCACAAGGAGCCCCCAGCGCUGGCCAGCCUGGUGCAGGUCAAACAGGAGCCCAUCGAGAGCGACGAGGAGGAGGCAGAGCCCCAGCAGGAGCUGGAGGCCGGCCAGAGGCAGGCGGAGCAGGAGCUGCUCUUCCGCCAGCAAGCCCUGCUCCUGGAGCAGCAGAGGAUCCACCAGCUGAGGAACUACCAGGCGUCGCUGGAGGCGGCCGGCAUGCCCGUGUCCUUCGGGGGACACCGGCCCCUGUCGCGGGCACAGUCCUCCCCUGCCUCAGCCACCUUCCCCAUGUCCGUGCAGGAGCCUCCCACUAAGCCAAGGUUCACAACAGGCCUUGUGUACGACACCUUGAUGCUGAAGCACCAGUGCACCUGUGGAAACACCAACAGCCACCCUGAGCACGCAGGCAGGAUCCAGAGCAUCUGGUCCAGGCUCCAGGAGACGGGGCUGAGGGGCAAGUGUGAGUGCAUCCGUGGCAGGAAGGCGACGCUGGAGGAGCUGCAGACGGUUCACUCGGAGGCGCACACGCUGCUCUAUGGCACAAACCCUCUCAACAGGCAGAAACUGGACAGCAAGAAGCUUCUAGGUUCCCUCACGUCGAUGUUUGUCAGGCUGCCUUGCGGUGGUGUCGGGGUGGACAGUGACACCAUUUGGAACGAGGUGCACUCGUCAGGCGCCGCUCGCCUGGCCGUGGGCUGUGUCAUCGAGCUGGUGUUCAAAGUGGCCACAGGAGAGCUGAAGAAUGGGUUUGCUGUUGUCCGGCCCCCGGGUCACCACGCGGAGGAGAGCACACCCAUGGGUUUCUGCUAUUUUAACUCCGUGGCAAUCGCAGCCAAGCUGCUCCAGCAAAGGCUCAACGUGAGCAAAAUCCUCAUCGUGGACUGGGAUGUCCACCACGGGAAUGGUACCCAGCAGGCCUUCUACAACGACCCCAACGUGCUCUAUAUCUCACUCCAUCGCUACGACGACGGCAACUUCUUCCCAGGCAGCGGCGCUCCAGAUGAGGUUGGCACAGGAGCAGGAGUUGGUUUCAACGUUAACAUGGCAUUUACUGGUGGCCUGGAUCCGCCCAUGGGAGACACGGAAUAUUUAACUGCCUUCAGGACAGUGGUGAUGCCCAUUGCCAACGAGUUUGCCCCAGAUGUUGUGCUGGUGUCGUCUGGUUUCGAUGCUGUGGAAGGGCACCCCACACCCCUGGGAGGAUAUAACCUGUCAGCAAAAUGCUUCGGGUACCUGACGAAGCAGCUGAUGGGGCUGGCCGGGGGCCGCGUGGUGCUGGCCCUCGAGGGCGGCCACGACCUCACGGCCAUCUGCGACGCCUCGGAGGCCUGCGUGUCUGCCCUGCUGGGAAACGAGCUUGACCCUCUUCCAGAGAAGGUUUUCCAGCAGAGAGCAAACGCUAACGCCGUGCAUUCCAUGGAGAAGGUCAUCGAGAUCCACAGCAAGUACUGGCAUUCCCUGCAGCGUUUCGCCUCCACGGUGGGAUAUUCCCUGGUGGAGGCCCAGAAGUGUGAGAACGAGGAGGCGGAGACGGUGACGGCCAUGGCAUCGCUGUCGGUGGGUGUGAAGCCGGCGGAGAAGAGACCUGAGGACGAACCCAUGGAAGAGGAGCCUCCCCUGUAGCAGCCACCUUCGAGCUGGAGUUCUCCUGUCUGUUCGUCUUCGUCUUGAAGCUCUGCCAAGAAGCUUUCUCUUGUUACUCCUGCGUCCUGUCACGGUUAUUUCCCGAACACGGAAGGACAGCCAGGUGUAAAGCAAAGCAAGCGACACAAAAAAACAAAUCUCUCCGCAUCUUUGAGUCUCUUUUUGCUGAAAAAGCCACGCUGGUGAAGAGCAGCAAAGGACUGACACGUUGGGCACUCGCGUUCCUCUGGUCCUCACCGCGAGCAGAAAGAGGAACGAUGCCCGGGAAGUCUUUGGCAGAGUUGCCAAACAAAAAAAAAACCACAAAAACGAAACGCGAGAAUAAUAAAGAAAUCAAAGAUUCAACAACACAAAUCAAACAAACCUUAACGUAAAACUGGUGCUUACAAAGUUGAUUACCCACAACUGAGCAAUCUCCGCUUGAACCACUCAACCCAUCGUGUACUUUCAUUUCUUGGAUAUUUGGAAAUGGCUCUUGCCUGCCUGUGCGUCACGACAGCUCUUGUCAGAACUGGAACGUUGGGAGAUGAUGGUGGAUUUUUAACGGGGAGGGACAGGGAACGAGGACUCACCUGACACCUAAAGGAAAGGGAAGCAGAAGGGGGGGAAUGGUAGCCCAGAUGGAGUCGGCUUUAUUGUCUCCAAAGCCAUCUGAAGAUGAGUUUGUGCCUUUUUUUUUAAUUGAUGGAUUCGGUGCAGCUGGAUUUUCUGAAGUUUGAGGAACAAUGCCUUAAGUAAAAAUUAAUUAAAAAAACAAAACACACACGAAAACAAACAAAAAACCAAAAAAAAAAAAAAAAAGAAAAAAAAAAAAAAGAA